AUAAUGUAAAGUGGGGCCACCCGCUGAUGUCAUGACAAGAUAUGAUUUCAUUUUUUUCGUUUUAUUCAAGAAAUUCUUGUUAAGGAUGAAAUUUUGACAUGUCUGGAAAGCGUUGACUUGAAUCUGUUGUUUUGGGGUAGUGAAAGUGUAACUGUAAUCUAAUCUGCGAAAGAAAGCAUGUGGAUUUUUGGGUGGAAAGGGCCAUCUGGGUUCUCUGCUUCUUCUACAGCAGAGGACGUUACUCAAGGGAUUGACGGAACUGGUCUCACUUCCAUCGUUACAGGAGCGUCAAGUGGUUUAGGUGUAGAGACAACGCGCGUUCUUGCAUUGCGUGGUGUCCAUGUGGUUAUGGCAGUAAGGAAUGUGGAUGCUGGUAGGAGUGUCAAAGAAGAAAUACUUAAACAAAUACCUGGUGCUAAGAUUGAUGUAAUGGAAUUAGAUCUGAGCUCAAUGGCAUCAGUAAGGAAAUUUGCAUCUGACUAUCAGUCAUCAAGUCUUCCCCUUAAUCUGCUUAUCAACAAUGCAGGGAUUAUGGGGACUCCUUUCAUGUUAUCCCAUGACAACAUAGAACUGCAGUUUGCGACCAACCAUUUAGGUCAUUUUCUGUUAACAAACCUGUUGUUGGAGACUAUGAAAAAUACAGCACGUGAAAGCAACAGAGAAGGAAGGAUUGUUAAUUUAUCUUCAGAAGGUCACCGUUUUGCGUAUCGCGAGGGAAUUCGCUUUGAUAAAAUCAAUGAUGAAUCAGGAUACCACAGUUGGUUUGCUUAUGGACAAUCAAAGCUUGCUAACAUAUUGCAUGCUAAGGAGCUUGCUUCGCGCCUAAAGGAAGAAGGGAUGGAGAUUACAGCAAAUUCACUUCAUCCUGGAGCAAUCAUGACCAAUCUUAUGCGCCACCAUGGUUUUCUCAACAGCAUUGGCAAUAUUGUUGGCAAAUAUUUCCUCAAAAGUAUUCCACAGGGAGCUGCUACUACAUGCUAUGUCGCAUUACAUCCGCAAGUUAAAGGUGUUAGUGGAGAAUAUUUCUCGGACAGCAACAUAGGCAACCCAAGCUCUAAGGCUAAAGAUUCAGACUUGGCUAAAAGGCUAUGGGACUUCAGCUUGACCUUGACCAAUUCCAAGUAGUUGGCUGAGAAGGCCUAUGGAAGAGGAGUUGCCGAUUGGAUUCUCACUUCAUGUAUAAAAUCCAAAUUGUAUGACUAUACUUGGGCUAAAGAUAUUUGCAGUUUAAUGCUUGUACUCUUAAACUUGAAAGCUGUGAAAACACACUGUUUUCCUAUCGUGCAAAGGUUGUGUAUAUGGAGUGAUGUCUUAAUUCUAUGGACAGGAUUUGGAUGAAAUGUGGAAUAUUCAAGUCUAUGAUAGUAAUAGUUUCAACAACUAGUCCUUGUUCUCGUAUUGACUACAUGAAAAUGAAAACUAGAUGAAAAAAUGCAGCCAAAUGGUAAUAAUGUGAUCUCCUGUGGCUCAAAGGUACAGUUAAGUCAUUUAGCA